CCACCUGUUGGGAUUUUCCCCUCUCUGGAAGGCCCAUAAUCUCCUUGCUUGUCAUUGUCUUCUCAGAAGUGAUUAAGGGGCCAGGCUCUAAAGAUUAAAAGAGCCGCCUGUGGAGUGUACUGAGUAGGGUACUCCACUUUGAGUUCUCUAAGAAUUAGCACCCAUGGCCCUUGUGCCAGGGAACAGUGAGGAUGAGCCUUGGCCUACAGACAGCCCAGGCUCCUCCCAACACCCAGAAAGUCCUAGGCUGACCAACCCUCUGUGGAUGGACAGAGGAGAAAUUGUUAGGGUUGAAGAUCACCAGGAUGUACAGGUUAGGACUCCCUUACCCUGUUGUCCUGCUGCUGGCUCAUCCUCCGACUUGGUCAAGCGCCCUGCUAUCCUGAUUCAGGAUUUUGUCUCUCAAAAGGCCCGCCUACCCUCCAUUGUGGUAGAAGCCUCUGAGGUGAGUGAAGACAGCGGGGAGUUUGAUUGGCCACAUGAAGAGUUGCUGCUGCUCACUGAUGAGGAAGAGGAGGCUGAGGUCUUCUUCCAGGACCAAAGUGAAGAGCCAGGCUGGACAUGGAGCCCAUUGGACCCCAGAUCUCCCUUACGAAGCUUUAACCCAGAAUUCAGCUGGGGGCAGGAACAGGGAGAACCAGAGGUCUCCUGGAUUCCUGAGGACAUGGAUUAUCAGGAAGCCUCCAAUCCUUGUUCUCUUUGGAACCCAGCAGCAGGCUCCCAUGUUUGUAGAAGCUGCUUUGUGGAAUACUCACAUCUGCUUCCCAGGAGAUUUGAGGGUAAGAACCAUUCUGUCCUCAACAUUUCAGCCAGGUUUGUUAUAAGGCAUUUCUAUUGGCCCUUUCAAUCUUCCCUCUUUUAAAGCUGACUUCAAGAGGAUUAGAAGUGAGGUCAGUGGCUCACACAAAUCAGUCAAUACUGGGAUUUGGAUUAAGAACUCCUCUAUUAAAAAACUCCUCAAACAGGGGCAUCUGGGUCACUCAGUUGAUUAAGCACCCAACUCUUGGUUUUGGCUCAGGUCAUGAUCUUAGGGUCUUGGGAUCAAGCCCUGCAUCAGGCUCUAUGCUGGGUGGGCUUGGAGUCUGCUUGGGAUUCCCCCUCCACCUCUUCCCCACACCUCUAAAAUAAACAAACAAAAAAACCCCUCAAAAAAACCCACAAAACGGGAUCCCUGGGUGGCGCAGCGGUUUGGCGCCUGCCUUUGGCCCAGGGCGCGAUCCUGGAGACCCGGGAUCAAAUCCCACGUCAGGCUCCCGGUGCAUGGAGCCUGCUUCUUCCUCUGCCUAUGUCUCUGCCUCUC